AUGGGUCCCCCACGCAGAAAGAUGCUGGCUACCGCUGAGGAGACUUUGACUCCCCCCGAUGGACUGUCCGAGACCCAGCAGAUAGUCCGAGCGAUCAAGGCGACCGGAAACAACAUUUACUUGAUUGAGCAGCCAGACAAGAAGCAAAUGCUUGUGGAAUUGCCCGCCCGGUUCCGCUCGACCAUCUGGAUCAAGCGCAGUUCGUAUGUGGUUGUCGAUACCAAGGGCCAGGCGGAGCGAGACAACAAAAUUGGCGGGGAGAUCGUCAAUGUGGUCCGGGACGAAAAGGCCUGGAGAAAGGCCCCAUUCUGGCCCAAAGAAUUCGUGAAACAGCCCGUCGUGCUCGCCGGCUCGGAUGAUGAGGAAGAGGAGUCUCGCGUGGGCCAGAUGCCUUCGUCAGACGAGUCAGACUGA